CGGCUCUCUUGCGCAAGCGCGGUGGCUGCUUCUUUUGGGCGGACGCUCCGGAGGCAAAACAUUUCCCUGCUGGGGGCGGCGACCACCGUGAGCGUCCCGGAAAGGGCGGCAAAGACGCCUCCGUCGCGCACGAGGUGGCCUUGUUGUUUUUACCUUGGUUUGCGGUCGUCCUUGGUUAUCGUGGGCCGUCCGCAGGGCUCUGGGAGGCCGAGCCUGGGGGCGCCACGGCGCCUGCGCGCGUACGGCGGCCGGAAGGGGCUAGAGGCAGCGCCCUGGGUGACAGCGGUGCGCCCCACCUUUCCCCACGUGGCCGCGAAGACCGGCUCAGGAGCAUCUAUUGGCUGCACGCCAACAUCAACGCAGGCGAAGAUGGUCUCCAAGCGCAUUGCCCAGGAGACCUUUGAUGCAGCCGUGCGCGAGAACAUCGAGGAGUUUGCGAUGGGGCCAGAGGAGGCGGUGAAAGAGGCCGUGGAGCAGUUUGAAUCGCAAGGGGUUGAUCUGAGCAACAUUGUAAAGACGGCGCCUAAAGUCUCUGCAGAUGGACCCCAGGAGCCCACACAUGACAUCCUACAGACGCUCAGUGACCUCCAAAAGUCUGUGGCCAGCUCUCGCCCCCAGGAGGUGUCAGCACACCUCACCCGCUUCUGUGACCAGUGCAAGCAGGACAAGGCCUACCGCUUCCUCGCAGCCCAGAAGGGGGCCUACCCCAUCAUCUUCACUGCCUGGAAGCUGGCCACUGCAGGUGACCAGGGCCUUCUGCUCCAGUCCCUCAAUGCCCUGUCAGUGCUGACUGAUGGCCAGCCAGACCUCCUGGACACCCAGGGCCUGCAGCUCCUGGUGGCCACACUGACCCAGAAUGCUGAUGAGGCCGACCUGACCUGCUCUGGGAUCCGCUGUGUGCGUCACGCUUGCCUGAAACAUGAACAGAAUCGGCAAGACCUGGUGAAAGCUGGCGUGCUGCCCCUGCUGACUGGCGCCAUCGCCCAUCAUGGCCACCAUGCCGACGUGGUCAGGGAGGCCUGCUGGGCCCUGCGUGUCAUGACCUUCGAUGAUGACAUCCGUGUGCCCUUUGGCCACGCCCACAACCAUGCCAAGAUGAUUGUGCAGGAGAACAAAGGCUUGAAGGUGCUCAUCGAAGCUACCAAAGCGUUCCUAGAUAACCCUGGCAUCCUGAGCGAGCUCUGUGGAACCCUGUCCCGCCUGGCCAUCCGCAACGAGUUCUGCCAGGAGGUCGUCGACCUCGGGGGCCUAAGCAUCCUGGUGUCCCUGCUAGCUGACUUCGGUGACCACCAGGUGGGGGACCAGAGUGGCGUUCUGGAGCUCGUGAAGCAAGUGCUGAGCACCCUGCGAGCCAUCGCAGGCAACGACGACGUGAAAGACGCUAUUGUCCAUGCUGGUGGGACGGAGUCCAUCGUGGCUGCCAUGACUCAGCACCUGACCUGCCCCCAGGUGUGUGAGCAGAGCUGCGCAGCCCUGUGCUUCCUGGCCCUGCGUAAGCCCAACAACAGCCGCAUCAUCGUGGAGGGUGGCGGGGCUGUGGCAGCGCUGCAGGCCAUGAAGGCACACCCGCAGAAGGCUGGCGUGCAGAAACAGGCUUGCAUGCUGAUCCGAAACCUGGUGGCCCACAGCCAGGCCUUCUCGAAGCCCAUCCUGGACUUGGGGGCUGAAGCACUCAUCAUGCAGGCCCGAUCGGCCCACCGUGACUGUGAGGAUGUGGCCAAGGCUGCCCUACGGGACCUGGGUUGCCAUGUCGAAUUCCAAGAGCUGUGGACAGGCCAGAGGGGCAACCUGGCGCCAUGACUCCAGGCCCAGUCUGGGCCAUGACUCUGGGUGAGUCGUGUGACUCAGGAAUGGGGGUAGAUCCAGGUCCUCCACUGUUCUGUCCCCUUCACAGUGAGAAGUGUUUUCCGGCAGGCCCUGGGUAAAGGGUUGGGGGAGGGGGGCAGCCUUGUAGGGAGGCACCUACACAGAAGAAAGCAGCCCCCACGUCCUAGCCACUCCUGGGUCCCAGCCUCGCCUCCCCGCCAGCAGCAUGGACGUUACUGUCCUUCUCUUCCCCCUAGCUCCAUGCCCUAUCAGAAGGGGCAAAGGGCAUGUCCCAUCGCUCACUGCCGUGUCUGAAAUGUGGUGGCCACUGUGGGCCAGGCUCAGGGCAGAGCAGGGCAGGGCAGGCGAUUCCAGUGGGGUUGGGUCCCCAGUGCCUGCUGCUUACUGCAGGUUCGUACGGGCCUCUGCUCCCCGUUUUUCUCACCCGUAAAAUGAGUCUCAGAUGCCCCACCCUGCUUGGCCCCAGCUUGUCUGUCUCUGGUUCUGGGCCAGCCAGGGUACCUGAUAAUAAAAGAUCAUUGGGUAAACAG